CCCAGCCGUAGCCGGCCAGCAGGCUGCAGGUAGACGAAGGAACGGGCUACCCCCAUUCCCCCCACUUCUCCAGAUCCCCCUCCGCAAUCCACCUUCGCGCGUCUAGCACGGCGCCGGUGCCGAAGCCGGCGACCGUGGCCAUGCAGUCGCCGGAGCCCUCCUCCUCCUCCCCGGUCCUCCUCAAUAUAGGGGGAAAGAAGUACGCAACCACCGUGGAGACACUGACGCAGCGGGAGCCCGACUCCAUGCUCGCCGCCAUGUUCAGCGGGCGGCACACGCUCCCGCAGCACCCAACCACGGGGAAGGGGAUGGUGUUCGUGGACAGGGACGGGAAGCACUUCCGGCACGUGCUCAAUUGGCUCAGGGACGGUGCUAUCCCCGUGCUGUCGGAGUCCGAUUACCAGCAACUGCUGCGAGAGGCAGAGUACUACCAGUUGCUCGGUUUAGCUGAUUACAUAAAUGAGAGGCUUGGUUGGAAGAAAGCCGACAAUUCAGAGGCUGAAUUGACACGAAAGGACGUGAUCAAGUGCAUACAGGCGCAAAGAGUCAGAUUUCGUGGCGUGAAUUUGUCUGGCCUUGAUCUGUCUAAACUUGACUUAUCAGAGGUGGACUUCAGUUAUGCAUGCAUUAAGAACACUGAUUUUUCAUGUGCUAACCUUUACAAAGCAAAAUUUGGGCAGGUGGAAGCUUUGUCUUCGUCUUUCCAAAACGCAAAUUUGCGUGAGUGUGAGUUUGUUGGAGCGAAUCUUCAAGAAUCUAUUCUGGAUGGAGCAAACCUUCGAAGUGCCAACUUGCAAGAUGCAUCCUUAACACGAUGCAGCUUCAUUGAAACAGAUCUCCAUUCUGCCCAUUUACAGACUGCUAACCUUACACAAGCCAACUUAAGAGGAGCUAAUCUUGAAGCAGCCAAUCUCAAGGGUGCUAAGUUGUCUGGUACAAACUUGCAAGACGCAAAUCUUCAGAGAGCUUACUUGCGAGAAGUUGAUUUGCGUGACACUCAAUUGACUGGUGCUAAGCUCGGAGGUGCAAAUCUACUUGGAGCUAUCAGAUGAUCUACAGUUUGUCGGUGUAGCUUCAUACUGUGUAUACUGUACUGUACAAUUUCAUUGGAGGUAAUGCCUGAGGCAUGAUCAUCUGUGCAAUACUGGUCUCAGUCACGAUUGAGAACACAAAUAUUCCCUCUGGUCCAAAAUAAAUCAAUUCAUAGAAUCAACCCAAGUCAAACUAUCUUAAGUUUGACCAACAUUAUAGGAAAGGGUAACAGUAUCUGUGACACCAAAUAAGUACAUUAUGAAAUAGAUUUCAUGAUGUAUGUAUUGAUACUAAUUAGGUGUCAUAAAUAUUGGUGCUUUUUUUUUGUAAUUAUCAAACUUAAAAUAGUUUGGCUUAGGACAACUCUAGAAGUUGAUUCAAUUUUGUGAUGUUGGGAGCAUAUCAGAGAAAAGUAUUGGCUCAAUCCUGUCAAGCACACCAUCUAUGGAGUUCUUUGUAGACUGUCCUCUGAUUGGAAGUUUAGCAAUCUUAGCUGUUAGCGAUCAGAGCUGAAACCAUCAGUCUGCUGUCCACCAGUGGAGUAUAAAGGUAUGGCUGUUCUUAAAUCUGAAGUAAGCCGCAGGCACAUUUACUGGGUCACGAUUGCAAGUGGACAGAUGUACCUGUAUCGUUGUUGCUUCCAUCAUGGUGUCAUUAUCAUGUAGAGGUGGUAUGCACACUAUUUUGAUAGGUGGUCAUGUGUAUUACAGUACGCUGGCUCGGAUCAGGCCAUGUCACCAUAGUAUAUUAGUACGGUGAAUAUCACUUUCCUGCGUCAGCAGCAAAU